AUGACACUUUCAAUAAGUCGACAGAACGGCACGUACGCGUGCGCCAGCCUGUGCCCGCAGGAGGGCAUGUCCCCCCGCGGCUUCUCGUGCCCGCACCCGCGCCUCGUCGAGCUGCCCGGCCAGUGCUGCCGCGAGUGGAUGUGCGACAGCGACGCUGCCGAGCGGCCGCCCCAGUGCCCGCACCUGUCGUCGGCGUGGUCGCCGUGCUCGCGCACCUGCGGCACGGGGCUGUCGGUGCGCGUGACCAACCAGAACCCGAGCUGCGUGCCGCUCAACCAGACCCGGCCCUGCCAGCUGAGGCCGUGCAUCACGCCGCCCGGGGAGCGGCGCCCGCCAAGAGCCAAGAUACGGGUCGAGUUCGAGUGUGACGGUGACCCUCCGGCUGACGCGGCAGCCGUCGCCGUGCUGGGUGCCGACAUGUGGGAGGAUGACUUCGCCACGACGACGCCCUUCCCGACCAGCAGCGUGCUGCUCGCCGCGGACCCCCGCGACAACCUGGUCGAUCCGGACGACGACGAGGACGACGGGGACCAGGACGCGGAGGUGGAUCAGGACCCUGACGAAGAGGAUGACGUGGAGGGCGAGAACGAGGAGGGACACCGCUUCUCCAAGGGCCGGCAGGGCCGCCUGUGGAGCGUGUUUAGCGCGCCUCGGAAGCACCACAAGCAGCACCCGCAGCAGCACCCCCGGAGCACAGCCGUGUUCGCCGUGCAGUGGAUCACCAAGUGCGAGUGCAGCAAGUGUGCCGAGGACCGGCCGGAGACGACGACCAAGGGCAUCGCCAGGAUCAGGAUCUUGCACCGCGUGCACAGAACUACCGUGUCGUGA